AUGGGUACCGGAAAGAAAGAAGCGUCCCGAAAGGUUCGUCAGGGCAAGGUCGGCGAUGGCAUGGCGAAUGUCAAAGUCAAAGGCGAGAAUUUCUAUCGCACUGCGAAGCAAGUCAAGACCUUGAACAUGUUUAAAGAUGGAAAGGCGCAGCGAAACGCAAAUGGUGAUGUUACAAAAGCUGCAUCGUUUCAGAGCAGACAACUUCCUCAAGCGCGAGUCGAGCCCAAUCGCAAGUGGUUUACGAAUUCGCGAGUUAUCGGUCAAGAUGCACUCAAUUCUUUCCGUGAGGCAAUGGCUGAGAGGGCUUCUGAUCCAUAUUCCGUGUUACUGAAGAGCAAUAAACUUCCUCUGAGUUUGAUCCGCGACGGUCAAGGGAAAAAUGGAAUCAAGCAACAUCAAGCGAAAAUGACGGUAGAGACUGCCCCAUUUGGAGAAGUCUUUGGACCCAAGGCACAACGAAAGAGGGUUCGACUUGGUGUCAGCACAUUAGAAGAUCUCGCAGAUGAUAGUGUGAAGUCGCACGAUACAUAUCUUGAUCGACUUGACCAGGCCAAGUUGCUAAGUGGAACAUCUGGCGCUGACGAAGAAGCUAUCGGAGAAGCAGUGGCUCCAGACCAUGGGUACGUAUCUAGUGCCCGUGAAGCGAUUUUCAACAAAGGACAGAGCAAGCGUAUAUGGAAUGAGCUUUACAAGGUCAUUGACUCCUCCGACGUCGUCAUCCACGUACUGGAUGCUCGUGAUCCUCUGGGAACUCGAUGCAGAAGUGUUGAGAAAUAUAUCAAAGAAGAGGCGCCGCAUAAACACUUGAUAUUCGUACUAAACAAGUGCGAUUUAGUCCCAACCGGUGUUGCUGCAUCCUGGGUGAGAUUCUUGUCGAAGGACUAUCCUACUCUCGCUUUCCACGCAUCGAUUACGAAUUCAUUUGGCAAAGGCUCUCUUAUCCAGCUUCUUCGCCAAUUCUCUUCCCUUCACUCCGACCGCAAACAGGUCUCAGUAGGCUUUAUUGGCUACCCCAAUACUGGGAAAUCCUCAAUCAUUAAUACUCUACGAAAUAAAAAGGUAUGCACAGUUGCGCCAAUACCUGGAGAGACGAAGAUUUGGCAAUAUAUUACACUCAUGAAGCGAAUAUACUUGAUUGACUGUCCUGGAGUUGUACCUCCAAGCAAUUCUGAUACACCUCAAGAUAUUUUGUUGCGAGGUGUCGUACGGGUGGAGAACGUUGAGAAUCCAGAACAAUACAUUCCAGCGGUUUUGACCAAGACUAAACCCCAACACAUCGAACGGACAUACCAAAUCAAGGGCUACACAAAUCAUAUCGAGUUCUUAGAGCUCUUGGCCCGCAAGGGUGGAAGAUUACUUCAUGGUGGUGAGCCUGAUGUAGAUGGUGUUGCAAAAAUGGUUCUGAACGAUUUCCUUCGUGGAAAAAUACCUUGGUUUACACCUCCACCUUUGUUGGAGGGCGCCGAAGACAAGGAGACGGGCGUCGAGGGCCGUGCAGGUAGACUUGGGGAGAUGGGCAAAAAGAGAAAGCGUGAUGAUGAGACUUCAGUCGCAGAUACUUCCACUGUCGCACCUUCAGUUGCAGCAGAGACCGAAGUGGAUGAGGACGAGGAGUUCAACGGCUUCAGUGAUACUGAAGGCGGCGUGCAGUUAGACGACGUCGUUGGUGAUGUUGAUGCUGCAUUUGGCCUUGAUUCAGAAGACGAUGAGAGUGAUGACGCUUCAGACGAAGAGGAGGUCCAAAACGAUGGUGCGCAGGCCGCUGAGCAGUUACAAGAAGAGUUACACGACGACGUAGACCAUGCAAGUACGAGCAAGUUACCUUCAAAGAAGAAGAAGCGGCAAAAGACAUAA